AACUUGCUUGUAACCAGGCAACCGUCAUAGUAUUCGGGUGAUUAAUAUUUUGGUAUUUUUCCAAGUAAAUUUUGUCAGUUAGAAUAGGCAGAUGUAGAAAAUUCUAUUUAAGUUCCGAUUUCUAGGCAAGGACGUCCCUCCAUACAAAAUCCAAUGUGGGAAGAUCAUCAUUUAGGAUAGUCAGUAGUUAUAAUCAACAAAUCCUUAAAAACAAAUUGGAAUUAACGUGACAAUAAACCAGUAGAUCCAACAAUUUUAACAGAAAUUUCAAGUAAAUCGUCAAAUAUCAAAUAAAUAGGAGUGAAACCUAGAAGUUCAACUCCGAUUCAAGUGGAGAAAUAUAGGUAAAUCAAGUAACACCAAUAAACGAGAAAAUUUUUUAAAAGAAUUGCUGAAAUUGCAACUGGAAUAUCUGAAAGUAAAUGAGAUAUUCAUCCGGGGCUACGCAUGUAGUGAAUCACGAAUUCCUUGAAUGAAUUAAUUUUGGAACAAGGCGUAGAACUAAACAAGUGCAGUCAAAACAUCUCCAAAAAAGAUCAUAGCAUAAAAUCUGGAUUACUCUCAAGUGAAUCAUCUAUUUUCAGAUGGAAUUUGAAUUGGUAAAAUUGAUCAAUUAUUAACGGAAAUUUUGGUAUGAGGAGUAUACUUAACUAAAUUAACUUACUAAGUAUACUUCAUGAGAGGUACAAGUAAACAACCAUUCAAUAAAACAAUUGAUGGAGUUGAAGCAUUUUCAAAUAAAUUCUCAAUUUAGAAAUAGCAAUUCCAUUAAUGAUCAGAUUUUUGGAAUAAGGAAUAGAAGACUUCAUACUAAGUGAUCCCUUAUAGAAUACAAAUGAGCAAUAUACGGAACAAAUCUCAAGGAGCAUACAAGUAAUUAUCAUCGAUUAAAUAAAAUUGUGAUAUAUCCUUGAAGAAUUCAAAUGAGCAAAAUACGAUAUAAAUCUCAAGGAGCAUACAAGUAAUUAUCAUAGAAUUGUGAUACAGAAGUGGAGAGAAUUGGAACAUGGCAAGCACUAGUCAAAAAUCAUCAGAAAGCAAGCAGCUAAGUCCUCGGACUUCGGAGCUUAACGCUUUGCGGCAACGGGGCUACACGAUUGGUCGCAAAAUCGGACAAGGAUCGUACGCAUCGGUGCACAUUGCCGACUACAUCGACCGGUCACUCAGGAAAGAACGACUCGCCUGCAAGAUAUUCGACCGCAGCAAGGCACCUAACGACUUCCUCGAAAAGUUUUUCCCGCGGGAAAUCGACGUUCUAUGCAACAUAGAGCAUGAGUUUGUGGUGAGAGUGCACAGCAUACUGCAGCGAGGCCCCAAGGUCUUCAUAUUCAUGAUGUACGCCGAAAACGGUGACUUGUUGGAUCACAUCAAACGUAACGGCAUCGUAUCGGAGAGCAGUGCCAAACAUUGGUUCCGACAGAUAACAUCGGGCCUGCGCUACUUGCAUUCCAAAAACAUCGCUCACCGAGACAUGAAGUGCGAGAAUAUCCUGUUGACUAGAGACUAUCAAGUUAGGAUCGCCGAUUUUGGGUUCGCUCGGUAUUGCACGAAUAAAUUGGGGAGGCGGGUUCUAAGUGAAACAUACUGUGGUUCUGCCGCCUACGCCGCGCCUGAGAUAGUCAUGGGUAGAGCGUACAACCCCAAACUGGCUGACAUCUGGUCUGUGGGGAUAAUUCUCUACAUUAUGCUCAACGGUACCAUGCCGUUUAACGAUGAAAACUUGAAGAAACUAUUGAAAGACCAGUUGAACCGUAACUGGGCGUUCCGCAAUCGUGUGAAGAACAUUGUCACCGCUCAGUGUAAAUCGAUUCUUAAACACAUCCUCGAGCCUGAUAUAAUGUUGCGGUACACACUGGACCGAAUAGCCGCUCACGAUUGGCUGAGAGGGCACCAUCACCACAGUCAACACAGACCUACUACGCCCUGUAGGAUGUUGGAGAGAGAAACCAGUAUAGCCAGCAACGAGGAUGGAGAUACGGCGAGCAGAAGAGAGAGGGAGACAGAGUCGAGAGCAGCUGCUAGGAGGGUGUCACGGUUGCUCAACAAGAACAAGUCGAAAAAGAAUUUGGUGGAAAGUAGGGGUGAAAAGGGAGAGAGUAGAGGAGAAAGGUUUGUUAAAGAAUAGAGGGAAACAAGUAAGAAAAGUGUAAUAUUUACAAAAAUGGUUGAAACCAGUAUAGGAAAAUUAAGCAUUAAAAUCAAUGAGCUACAUUUGUGCCAAACAGUAAUAAACAUACUCCUGUAACAAAAAAA